CCCCGCCCUCCGCAGACGCAGGGGGCGUAAAAACAAGCUCCUCCUCAUCCUCACCCACUUGCCUCUGUUAGUUUCUCAUCCUCAGCACAUCAUGAGCCUGAACAGGAUGGUGGCCAUGUUGAACGAGUGGCUGUGGCAGGAGCAGUACUGGCUUCCUCCUGGCAUCCGCUGGCAGGACAUCGAGAUAAAGGAUGAGGACGGCCGUUUUCCUAUGCCCAGGGAUCUCCUCAUCACGUUGCCACUGGCCUUUGCCUUUAUAGCCUUAAGAUAUGUAUUUGAAAGAAUCAUCGCCAUUCCUUUUAGCAAGUGUUUAGGUGUGAAGGAUCGGAUUCGGAUUCGAGCUCCUCCAAUCCCAAAGCUGGAGGCCUUCUACGAACACGUCAGUCGGCAACCAUCACAGAGUCAAGUUGUGAGCUUGGGCAGGCAGUGUGGACUCUCUCAAAGAAAGAUUCAAACCUGGUUCAGACACAGAAGGAACCAGGACAAGCCCAGCAACACAAAGAAGUUCUGUGAGGCAUCCUGGCGGUUUGCGUUCUACCUCGUCUCCUUCGCCGCCGGACUCGGCUCACUGAUUGAUACUCCCUGGUUUUGGGAUCACAAAGAGUGCUGGAGAGGAUAUCCCAAACAGCCUGUGGCGGACGCUCACUACUGGUAUUACAUCUUGGAGCUGAGUUUCUAUUUGUCCCUGCUGCUCAGUGUUUCUGUGGAUGUCAAGCGUAAAGAUUUCAAGGAGCAGGUGGUUCAUCAUAUCGCCACCAUAUUUCUUAUCGGUUUCUCCUACGCCGCCAACUAUGUGAGGGUUGGCACGCUAGUGAUGCUGGUGCAUGAUUCGUCCGACUUCCUGCUGGAGUCUGCCAAGAUGUUUCAUUAUGCGGUGUGGACAACGACAUGUGAUUCGCUGUUUGUCGUAUUUGCUGUUGUUUUCCUGGUUACAAGACUUGUGGUCUUUCCUUGCAGAAUUGUCCACACCACCAUGGUGCUGUCUCGUGACUUUUUCCAGCCUUUCUUUGGUUAUUAUUUCUUCAACGUUCUGCUGUUAGUGCUGCAAGGUCUGCACAUCUUCUGGGCCUACCUCAUUCUGCGCAUGUUGUACAAGUUUGUCUUCACGGGCAAGGUGGAGCGAGACGAACGCAGCGAUGAGGAAAGCGAGGUGGAUGAACAUGAAGAAGAAGGAGAAGAAGAGGAGCCAGAAGGAAAAGAGGGUGAGCGCAACUACAAGCAAAGGAAGGAGACUAUCAACUCCAAGCUGACAUCCCUGGCAAACAACUGUGUCCUAAACAACCUGACCAACCAGAGGAAUCUAAACAUCAGGCUGCGUAAAGCCAGAUAGUGGACCUUCCCCCCCAUCCUGCUCGCUGGAGAGAAACUCAAUCUUUUGCUUUGUAUCAACAUAGAUCAUUAACCGUUUCAGAUCAGGGUAGGACACAAUCCUUUUUUUUUUUUUUUUGUGACAAAGUAGAGAAUCUAUUCAUGAAUUAUGGUAGAGAUUUACAACCAAUCUGAGACUUACAGGA